AUGGUGACUGCCCUGUUGUCCAGUACAGAUGCACUUCUGAGCGUCGUUGGCUCUGGCCUCGCCGUCCACCUAAUAUACAAUAAGUUCGAGUCAUGCGAUAUGACCUUGGGCGCUAUUCUGUUGCUUGGUUGGCCACUGGCGUUGUCGUGUCUAUACCUCCCCCACACCACUGGUUUUGUAUCGGCAGUGUCUACCGUACUCCCUCUCUUCUGGACUACCCUAGCCACCUCGAUCGUUGCCUACCGGCUUUCACCUUGGCACACGCUGGCUAGUUACCCAGGACCGCUUCUCUGCAAGAUAACCCAGUUCUACGGCGCUUUUCGCUCGCUGGGAGGAAAGCAACACCUCUAUUAUCAACAGCUUCAUGAUAAAUACGGUGACUUUGUCCGAGUCGGUCCCAACGAGCUGUCUAUAAGUGAUGCAAAUGCUAUCGAACCGCUUUACGGAAGCAAUGGCGCAGCUAAAGGUCAAUUCUGGGAUGGCAGAUUCCCGCCCAAGGAUCCAGUCAAGCCUCUGAUUGCUUUGCGUGAUAAGACGGAGCACACCCGCCGCAGGCGCCCAUGGACUAGGGGUUUUAGCACUAAUGCUCUGAAGGGAUACGAAGAAUUAAUCGUCAAGAGGUCAAGGCAGCUUGUUGACUUGUUGUCAAGCAAGAAGGGUGUUACGAAUCUGACAGAGUACAUUUCCUAUUUUGCUUAUGAUAUUAUGAGCGACCUAGCUUUUGGUGGAGGAUCAGACCUGCUGGGCCAUGGAGAUGCCACUGGCCUCUGGCAUAUGAUGGAAGCCGGUCAACAGAAUGCUAUAUUUAUGAGCCGUGUGCCAUGGCUAGGAAUCCUGUUUUUCCGCCUUCCUUUUGUAGCGGGGGAGAUCAAAGCGUUUCGCGUUUACGCUCGUGAGCGGGCCGGGAUUAGAAAGAAAGAGGGAUCUCGCUACAAGGAUAUUUUCCAUCACUUGGUAGAUGAGGACGGAGUAGGUAGUGAGCGCUUAACGACCGCCGAGGUCACCAGUGACGGUGGACUUGCUAUAAUUGCCGGAUCUGAUACUACUUCGAGCGCUCUUAGCCAUUUCUUCUAUUUUUUGCUAUGUUCGCCGAACGCCUACAAGCGCGUACAAGCGGAAGUGGACGAGCUGGGUGAUGAUGUUCUGGACACAAGCAAGCAUGCACGGAUGACUUACCUCACUGCUGCCAUAAACGAAACGCUUCGUCUUUUCCCUCCUAUUCUCAGCGGGUCUCACCGUACGGAAUAUAAAGGCAAUGGUGGAAGAAUGCUUGGAUCACAUUAUCUCCCCGAAGGAAGUAGCGCCUUUAUUCCAACCUACACAAUUCAGAGAGACCCUCGAAACUUCUCCCCGGCCACCGAUUCAUUUUAUCCCGAACGCUGGCUCCCCGAGGCCCAACGUCGUGAGCUCGAACCAAAAGUAUUCGGUAACCCUCUUGAAUACAUCCACAACGCCUCCGCAUUCAUCCCAUUUUCGAUGGGCCCGUCGAAUUGUGCUGGCAAAAACUUGGCGUACUUGGAAAUGCGCAUGGUCAUCUGUAUGAUUAUGCACCAGUUGGAUUUAAAGUUGGAGGAAGGAUAUGAGAAGGGGAGGUGGGCGGAGGAUGUCAAGGAUUAUUUUAUCACUUUGAAAGGACCUCUCCCGGCUGUGGUGACUCCUCGUAGAGGCGGAUUGUAA